CGUACACGUACACGAUGACCUCCCCAGCCAAUCGCAGGUCAAAUGGAGACAGACAACAGUCGCACUCACUUUCACACCUGGGGCAAUCCAGGGUCUACGAUUAAUGCGUUUUGGAGGGAUGUGGGAGGAGACCGGAGUGCCCGGAGAAAACCCACGCAGGCAUGGGGAGAACAUCCAAACUCCACACAGGCGGGGCUGGGAUUCGAAUCCCUGUGCUCAGAAGUGAUGUCGGCUAAAACUCUGGAGAAGGGGCCGACGACUCUCGGGGGAUUGGAGAACGUGUACCCCGUGGAUGACAUCACCAGCUGCUUGCCCACGCCGCUUGCUAUUUUCCCCAACUCGGAACUAGCAUCACAUUAUGACCAGAUCAAUGUGGCUCCAGAUCCCUUAAUGAGCGUAGAGAUGAACGCAGAGAGGCGUUCUGUGGACUUCUCGUCUUACUCCGGCGGUUUCUCGCAACCUUGUUCCCACCGCAACCAGACCUUUACCUACAUGGGGAAAUUCUCUAUUGACUCCCAGUAUCCAACAAACUGGAACCCCGAAGGAGUCAUCAACAUCGUCUCGGGCAUUUUUAACGUGGCCCAGCCUCCUCCUCCUCCUCCAUCCGCGUCAGCAUCCUCUUCUCCGGCGUCCUCUGCUUCUCCCAGUCACUACUCGGGCAGAAAUUUGAGUUGCAGCAUGACCGCGGCCCAUCUGAACCAAGUCGAGAUAGACCCCCAUCAACUGUACUCCCCUCCACCGCCGUACUCCUCUUCUGGCUGCGGAGAGCUGUACCAAGAUCCAUCCGCGUUUCUUUCCACUUCCACGUGCCACAUUGCUUCGUACCCCCCACCGUCCUACUCUUCCCCCAAGCAGCACAGCGGCCAAGAGGUGCCGGGACUGUUCCCCAUCAUCCCCGACUACCCUGGCUUCUUGCAGCCAGGUUGUCAGCGAGACAUGCACGCUCCGAGCAUUCUAGAUCGGAAACCUUUCAGCCCGUCCUCCCUAGAUACGUUCCGGGGUCCCCCGCCAUUGACCCCGCUGAAUACGAUCCGAAAUUACACACUCGGUGGUCCAAGCCACGAGGGAGGAGGUCCACCGAGGCUGCCCUCUGCGUACAGCGCCCACAACCUCCCUCUGAGGCCCAUUCUGCGACCUCGAAAGUACCCCAAUAGACCCAGCAAGACGCCGAUCCAUGAGCGCCCAUACCCGUGCCCGGCAGAGGGCUGCGACCGGCGCUUCUCCCGCUCCGACGAGCUCACCAGACACAUUCGCAUCCACACGGGACACAAACCCUUCCAGUGCAGGAUUUGUAUGCGCAAUUUCAGCCGCAGCGACCACCUCACCACGCACAUACGCACGCACACUGGCGAGAAGCCGUUCGCCUGCGACUUCUGCGGACGCAAGUUCGCCAGGAGCGACGAGAGGAAGAGGCACACGAAAAUCCACCUGCGACAAAAGGACAGAAAGUCCUCCGCUGUCGCCUGCGCUCCGUCCUCGUCCGCGUCCAUCGGUUCCGCGUCGCAGCACGCAGCUGCCGGUAUCAGCGCGACCGAGGGGAUGUGCUCGUAGAAAAAGACAAGUGUCUCGCACACAAUGACAUUUUGUCUACUCAACAUAGUGUACAACAGCCCUGAUAAAAACAUGACAUUUGUAAUCUAAAAAAAGAGAGAGGGAGCGAGAAAAUUAAUUGCAAUAACACUCUGCAAGUGUUCAUUCUAACAAACCCCGCUCGUGCCUUCUUGGAUGAUCUGAUUUAAGGAACGCUUCGA